GUUUCAGAUGGAUACCAGUUUUGUGGAUGUAAGCGGUAAUUUUGUGUAGCAUAAGCGGCCUACCAGGGCAACAACGACAAACGAUCAUGUUGUAUAAUGAACAAUGAUGAUGUCUACAGUAGGAAUUUCAGCAUAGGAUCAGAUCGAGAAUUAGAUAACUUGUCAAAUAUCAGAAAUCUUGAUACAUCUCAUAGUGACGUUGAAUUCAGGAAGACAAUGGACAGUUCAUCAUAUGAUAAACAUGGAGAAGGUAGAACUCCAAGAGAAGGUAGAGGUCCAAGAACUGGACAUUGGGCUUCAGAAUUUGGAACUGUGGCUGAAACACUGGAGUCACAUGAUAAAGAUGGAGCAGACGACACACCAGUUAGGAAGUUGAAACAAAAGAAUGUAACUAUAGGCCCAGUACAGCGAGAGUAUUCUGAUGCCUAUUUGGAAAGUAAUUUACGUACUCCACGCUAUAAUACACAUACCUCAUAUGAAGGAAUGUUAGAAAAUCUAGAUCCUGAAGAUCCAUUUGAUGGGGAUUAUUCACCAUCAGGUAAACCAAAGUAUGAAAGGCGAAAAAAAUCAAAAAAAGAUAAAUCUCCUGAAGGACACACCAAAAUACCUGUACCUGCAAAAGAUGACAGUCAAAAAACACUAAAACAUCGGAAAAGUAAAAAGAAAAAGAAGGGCCAUGGUUCUUUGGAGAGUACAAGUACCUUUACCAUAGAAGGCAAUACUAAUCAGUCAUUCAAGCUGGCAGAGACUGAUAAAGCAUCUGUUAAAAGUAAUGGUACAUUUACUGUUCCAGAAAUAGGCUACGGGAAGUCACCACGCUCUACAAGUCGGGCAUCAGCUGUUUUUAAUAGAUCAAGAAAAUCCAGAAAGUCUAAGCGAACUAAAAUGGGGAUUGACAGAACUAUCUUUAAGGACUUUGUACAUCAAGAAAAUAUUAAGCAAAGAAGAUCAAAACACAUUAAGGAAUCUGAACCAGGAAACAAACAUUUCCCCCACUUUCAUACAGACAGUACUGCUGAGUUAUGUGAUUCCUUUGGAGAGAUUAUGUUUGUAGGAUAUGGCCAUGAUACUGACAAAUCUCCAUACAUAAGAGUUUCACCUGACACUAGUCCAAAGAUAAUGUAUGAUAUGAUGCUAAACAUAUGGGAGCUAAGUCAUCCUCAGUUGCUAAUAUCCGUGACUGGUGGUGCUAAAAGGUUUGAUCUGAAACCACGGUUAGCUAACAGAUUCAAAAGAGGUCUAAUGAAGGCAGCCAUUUCAACAAGUGCAUGGAUCAUGACGGGAGGUUCAGGUACUGGAGUAAUGGAGUUUGUAGGGGAGGCUGUAAGGGACCAUUUUAUAACAUUUGGCAAACGUGAUAAUAUUGUAGCACUUGGAAUACCAACCUGGGGAGCUGUUGCUGGCAAUGAGUCCUUAGAUGGAGAUGAUGAUCUAAAAGAUGGAUUAUUUCCUGCAGUGUACAACAAACAUGUAGUAGAGUCUGAUACUGGAAAGAAAGUACCUUUAGAUCAUAACCAUACCCAUUUUCUACUGGUGGAUGAUGGAACGCAAUGUAAAUUUGGAGGGGAAAUACAAUUUAGAUCUAAGCUUCAGGGCCAUAUAUCACAACAGGAAUGUGAUCCAGACUCAGAAACAUGUGUACAUGUACCAGUAGUGGUGAUCAUUGUUGAAGGAGGUAUUAAUUCUUUGAAGACAGUUUAUGAGUCCAUAGUAAAUGAUGUUCCAGUGUUAGUUUUAGAUGGAUCAGGCAGAGCUGCUGAUUUUAUUGCUGAAGGUUAUAGGCAGACACAAGUGACAUCCUUAAAAAACAGACAGUCUGAAAAAAGUUUUUUUAGUGCAAAUUUUGCAGAAACAAUGGCAGUAGUUGCAGAGGAAUUAUUUGAAUGGAGACCAAAUGAUAAAAAAACAGUUAUAAUAAGUGGUGCUAUAAGUCAAUUAAAAGCAUGCUUGGAAAAGCGAAACAUGAUUCAUAUAUAUGACUUAGAAAAUUCUAAAGAGGAAAUGGAUGAAGCUAUCCUCCUGACUUUAUUCAAGGCUAACAAGUCCAGUACAGAUGCCCAGUUGUCACUAGCACUUACCUGGAACAGGAGUGACAUUGCUAAAAAUCAAAUCUUCAAACUAGCAAGUAGAGAUAAAUGGCAGGAAAUGAAUCUUGAUGAUGGAAUGGUAAAGUCAUUGAUCCAAAACAGAACAGAAUUUGUUAAGUUGUUCUUGGAGAAUGCCACAGAUAUGGAACAGUUCUUAGAUAUCAACAAUCUGUGGAAUAUUUAUGCCAAUUGUAUGAUGGACAAGUCUGACAGGGCAGCCCAGCUUCUGAAAAAUCACAUGACAUACUUAAAGCAAUCCUGGGGAGCUUAUUUCUGUUGCCGACCACUAAGUACAUACUCAGAACAGCCUCCAGAUUUACUAGUACAGAUAGGGAAAGUCAUUGUACAUCUUCUGGGAGAUGAGGCUUUAAACCCUUACAAAGGGCCAGAUGACAGAAGUGGCAGUUCAACUUACAUUGUUGGAAAUGUGCAACGUAAAUUAGGAUAUAUUAAAACACAAGAAACAGAAAAGAGAAAACAUAUGGCGUUUUCCAAAAGAAGAUCUAGAAUGAAGAUUUAUUUUGAUAAUCCAGACAAAGAAUUAUUCCUAUGGGCAGUGAUGAUGAAUAGGAAAGAUAUAGCAAUGCUUUUCUGGAAACGUGGAAGAGAUUAUACAUGUUCAGCUCUGAUGGCCAGUGCUUUGGCCAAAGCUUUAUCAAAUAUAGCAGAUUCUGAUGAAGAUAUGGAGCUUAGUCUGUCAUACAUGGAAAAUUCUAAGUUUUAUGAGGGUCUAGCAUGUAGUUUGAUAACUGAGUGUUAUAUACAGAACCGAUAUUUAGCCACAUCCAUGCUAGUACAGACAGUAGAACAGUAUGGUAAUACCACACAGUUUACACUAGCUGAUGCUAAUGAGAUGAUGGAUUUCAUGGGACAAACAGCAUGUAUGGCCAAACUGAACAGUAUCUGGAAGGGUAGAAUGGCUCUUUAUACAUCUAACAUGAAGAUUAUUAUCAGCAUUUUUAUACCGUUCCUGAUCCCUGCAAUUAAGUUUAUUACCAGUAAAGCUCCUGGUGAAGAUCAAGAAAGGGAGGAAGAAGAGAUAAUAGAGGAAGAAUGUAUGGCCAUGUCAGAAGAUCCUCAUGCCAUUACAAAUAAAGUGACACCUGAAAACACAAUAGACUUUACAGAGCAAGAAUUAAAGCCUAAAAAAUAUGGAAAAUUUUACAAAGUUGCUAUGUGUGCCUGUGGAAAUACUGAGGACACAAUCAGCAUACCUUAUGCUAUUUAUUACUUCUACACAGCACCAGUCACUAAAUUCUGGAUCUAUUUGAUUUCCUACCUGGCGUUUAUAGGAAUAUUUACCUUGUUUGUGCUAACAGAUUUACAUGCUAUAGAUGACGGUGGAAUAUCAGUGUACGAAUAUAUUACUUGGGGGUGGACAGUCACCAUGGUGACAGAGGAAGUGAGACAGAUACUGAUGAAAGAACAGUUAUCCCUAUUGUACAAGCUACGCAGUUGGUGGGGAAGUGUAUGGAACAAGUUUGACUUUGUCAUGUAUAUAUUGUUUUUGUCAUCCUUUAUUAUGAGGUUCUCCUUGUCAAAGGAGGACUUUCUUUGGGCCAGGAUGACCUACAGUAUAACUUUAGCCAUGUAUAUCAUGAGGACAAUGCAGUUCUUUUUUGUAGAGAAAAAUAUUGGACCAAAGGUGAUAAUGAUCAGGAAAAUGAUCACAGAUUUACAGUUUUUCUUCUUGAUAUUAGCAGUAUUUGUGUUUAGUUUUGGGGUGACCUAUCAAGCCAACUUAUUUCCCAAUGCUCCACAGACCUGGAGUCUACUCAAGGAUAUUGUUUACCUACCAUAUUGGCAGAUGUAUGGGGAACUUUUCAUAGAAAACAUCGAAGGAGAAGAGCCAUCAUCAUGUACAAGUGAUCCUGCCUUAUACCUAAAUGGGACAAUGACUAGAUGUCCUGAAAAGAAUGCCAUUGUGCCUUUACUAUUAGCUAUUUAUAUGGUGCUGACAAAUAUCUUAUUGGUUAAUCUGUUGAUUGCCAUGUUCUCAGAUACCUUUCAGAAGGUUCAGGAUAAAUCUGAGCAAGUUUGGAAGUUUUACAAGUUUUCUCUGGUGUAUGAGUAUUAUGACAGACCAGCAUUGGUUCCACCAUUUAUUAUACUGAAUCAUAUAUUCAGAAUAGUCAGAAAUGUGAUAGUGACAUGCUGUGGAAAGUGGCCUUAUUAUAAUGAUUUUAGACUGGAAAUGCAGGAUGAGGAAGACAUAGUUAGAUUACGAUUAUUUGAAAAGGAGGCUAUGGAGACUUAUAUAUAUGAUACUAAGCAAGCGAUGAAUAAUGAUCUAAACUUCCAGGUGUCUACUACAUCAGAUAGAUUGGAGAGAGUUAUAGAUGAAUUAGAUAAAAUAAAAGAAAGUGUAUCACGCCGUGGUAUGGAAGGAAGUGACAGCAAGCCUCCACUGACUGCAAGAACUUCAUUCAGAUCAUCACAGAUGUCCACUACCACAACAGCUUCUGUACAGGGACAAAACUUACAAGACCAGAUUGAAAAGUUAGCAUUCUAUGUGAAUUCAGAAGUCCAGGAUAUGACCAAAGCAAUGGGCAGAAUGGAGAAGUUAUUAAUAGAUCUAAAGAAGAGUCAGCUACAGACACCAUCACUAGAUAUAACAAACCUACAUCCAGAUACCUAGUAAUAAGGGGCUAGAAGUUAAAAAAAGAAACAUAUAUUGUAAACUAAUCAUCUUACUCUGAGAAUAGAGUAAAAAAAAAUCCCAAUUACAACAGAUUUAUUUAUCAUGUUGAAAAAGAAGAAUAAGAAAUUUGUAAUGAAAGAACAUUCAAAUUAGUUCAACCUAUAAAAUAAUAAUAACUGCAGUUUAGUAUUGAAAGCAUAAAUAGUAAUGAUAUGUUGUAUUUUAUGAAAUUGAUUUUUAAAGAACACUAUAAUAACAGAAAUGUUCCUCUUCAGGAGCCAUUAGUUUAUUUUACAUAUAACUUUUUUUAGAGAUGACAUACCAUUGUUGAAAAGUUUUCUUUGACAAAUUCUGUAAGAAAUGUUUUGUAGUAAAAAUGACUUACCCAAUAACAUAUAUGAUCUUUUAACCUUUUAAAAAUCCUUUGCAUUUUUGUUAUAAAUGUUCAAUACACUCUUGAUCUCUUAAAUCAAACUUUUUUCUUGAAAAUAUAUAUAUAUAUGUAAUUUUUGUAUGAGUUAAUAAUUGUCAAAUCCGAGCCACUUCAUAUCAUUUUAUAUAUUUUUAAUAGGAUUUUAUAAUGCUCUAUUCAUUUUUAAAAUUUUUACAUUACAUACCACAUUUUAUGAAAUGUAUUUGAUAUUAUUGUUAGUAGUUUUAAACUUUAUUUACACUAAUCUAAUUUAAAUAUUUUAAAACCACUAUUGUAGAAGGAAAAGAUCUGAUUUUUGUUUACCAGUACAUAAAAAAAACAAAAAUAAAUCUCACUAUUAAAAAUACAAUCAACAAGUUUUUACAUUUAACGAAACGAUUUCACUGAUUUCAACAAUCUUCUUGUUUAAAUGAUGAUAGUUACAUAUAUAAAGGAACUACACAUUACAAUGUUGAAUUACAUGUACAUUUGUAUGAUUUGUUUUUUGCUUUCACUCUUUGUAUGAUUUGUAUAAAUUUCUGUAAUUAGUUAAUUUAUUUAUUUAUCAAAUAUUUUAUAAUUCUUAGCAUAUUUUAUCAAGUUUGUAAGUAGUCGUAUCUAGUUGUAUUAUACAGUAUAGGAUACUUAAUGUUUUCCUUAAUUAUAAUUUUUACUAAUCAUCUAUAGUUGCUUCUUCACACAAUGACAUAUAAUAUAACUUGUAAAUGAUAUUAAUUUCCUGACAGGAAAUAUAUAAUCCUAUUGUACAUUUAUUAACAUUUUUAUGGCCCCGCAACGAAGUUAUACAGAGUUUUUUCUAAAGGCCUCCACAUUUUGAGCUGAGAUUUGUUAACAGUUAUACAGAGUUUUUUCCUAAAGACCACCACAUUUUGAGCUGAGUUUUGUUAACAGUUAAUUUAUAAUUAUGAACAUAUCAAUGUGAGACUACCAUCAUGUUUUUGUCAAUAUGUGUUAUUGAAAUUGCAGAUUUUUCAACUUUUUGGGACGGGGCCAUUGGUGUCGCUUUGACACAUCUAAUUGUAUUUGAUUUAAUGGUAUCAAUGACUUUUUUUUUUACCUUACAGUACAAAUAAGUGGAAAACAUAAAGAUACUAAAAAACAGUAAAGAUGUUGUGACUUGUAAAACCAGAGAAAAAAAUAUGUUGAUACAUGUAGUACAAGUAAUAUGCAUUUAUGUUUAAAUAUUGUUUGUUUUAUAUUUUUAUCAAAUCUUAAAAAAAAGUCUGUUUUGAUAUUUUAAGAAAUGAAUGUUGUUCAUUGGUUUCAUAGAUAAACAAGUAAGACUGUGAUAUUAAUAAUUCAUAUAUGCAUCAUUAUUAUAGUAGUACAAUCAUGUUAAGGUUGUUGAUUUAGUUAUUUUAUAAUGGUUGUGUUUUAACACUGUAAAUACAUGUAUAUUUAUUAAAUGUCUAGUAAAAUAUUUAACCUUAUUUAAACUUACAAAUAAAUCUCAGCAUUCAGUUAUUCACUUAUUCAGUCUGUUUGCAUUUCAUAUGAAUAUUUCAAUGUGUGCACUUUUAUUGACUUUUGUUCUGAGUGAUAUUUGAGGUUUCCUUAUACCAAAACAUGGUCUUCACCGUUUCUGUAAAUAUUAUUAGGAGAAAGCAAGCAACACACAUUUUCCUUGGAAGACUCAUCGAUUCUGAUAAAAAAAAAUUGUAUGUGUGUUUAAGGCUGGACUACUUCUAAGAGUAAAAUGCUUUUUUUUUUUU